AUGUCAGCCUCGUCUGUGGCAAGUAAUAUUGUGGAGGAUGUGCUCGAUUUUGAGGUGAACAAUGUAGUUGGUGAAGGUAUUUCUGGCAACAGAAACGAAAUUCAGUCCGGCACUCGGCUCUUACAGUAA